GCACGGUCGCGAAACACCCUCCCCGAUCGGACGGCUGACGGUGUGCGGCGCAUUGAAAAGCCAGGGUUGCGGGUUUUUUUUUCUUUUGAUAGAAGGGUUGCGUUGCGUCCACGGGGGAAAAAGCAGAGGAGGAUUCCAUCUCCCCCACUCGGCCACUCCCCAUCCCACCCCACCCCACCGCCGCGGGAUCCACUGCGCUGCGGCGAGGACGACGGCGAGGCGACCCCGGCCCUGCGCACCAGGGGCGCGAUGGCUGACCAUGACCCAGAGUUGGAGGCCAUCAGGCAGAGGCGAGUGCAAGAGCUAAUGGGACAGCGUGGUGGUGCGGCAAGCCCACAAAAUGCAGGGCAACAAAAGGCUCAGGAAGAUGCAAAGCAGGAAGCUGAGGAACGCCGACAGAUGAUGCUUUCUCAGAUACUAUCUUCUGAAGCUAGAGAAAGACUCUCCCGCAUAGCUUUGGUCAAGCCUGAUAAAGCAAGAGGAGUGGAGGAUGUUCUGCUGAGAGCUGCACAAACUGGUGGAAUAUCUGAAAAGGUGUCUGAAGAAAGGCUUAUCUCACUUCUGGAGCAAAUCAACAGCCACACAAGCAAACAAACCAAAGUGACGAUUCAGAGGCGUCGCAACGUCCUUGACGACGAUGACUAGUUGGUAAGCUUGAUGUACGAGCGAAUGGGUGCAGCGGCAUUUGGUGCUUGAUUCAACAACCGUCAGAACCUGACAAACUAUUUGAUUGGUCUUGGGUUGUAUAUGAUCUGGAUAUUAUUUGGUGGGGUUUUUCAUUGAUAACAGUUGGAUGUUCGCUUCUACCCCUGAAACUCUCUGCGACACUUUUGAGUUGUUGUGGUCAAUUUAUCAAGUCCUAUCAGAUAAUGUUAAUCUGCACGGGUUCCUCCUGUGCAAUGUGAUGUC